AUGGACGGACCACUUAAAGAAUUGUCCAAGCUCGAAAGGCUCACAGAAAGAUCCAAAGGGAAAACGUCGUCUAUCGAGAGCUCUUUGGACUAUCUUCUUCAGUCUCUCCGAGAAGUAAAGGAUCGCAUCAACGCAGUGAGCGUUACAGAAGAUACCUAUGUCCUUCUAACACAAACUGUCGAAGCAAAGAAGAAGGAAAUAGAUGAGAAGCAGAAGGAAAUCUACAAUGGAAUUGCGAGACUUGGGAAGGCCCUGGACAAGAAAUUCACUCAACCCCUUCCGACAUAUGAGCCUCUAUUCGCAUCGAAGGAUGCGCAAGCGGCUCUUGAAAGAACUAUUGCCCUGCAUUUUCUGCGCACCGGGCAGUUUUCAACAGCGGAGACAUUCAUUCAAGAGUGCAAGAUGGUCAUCGAACCUGAGCAACGAACCAAAUUCCAGGACUUGCAUCGCAUAGUGUUGGCAUUAAAGAGACAGGAUAUAGGGCCUGCAUUAGAGUGGUCGCUGAAGAACCGCGAAUUUCUCCGGAAACGAUCGUCGCCGCUAGUCUUUUAUUUGCACCGUUCUCAAUUCGUCCGUCUGCUCUUGGCAGAACCACCAGAUGCUGGCCCUGCCAUAUCGUACGCAAAUGCUACAUUGCGCAGCUUCUAUCCAGAGCAUGCAACAGAGUUCCAGAGACUCAUGACUUCCGUUCUGUAUCUCCCAAAGGAACGCCUUCAGCGGUCUCCGUACGCAGACUUGGCCUCAGACUCGGUGCAUACAGAUCUCGAGCCACUUUUCGCUAAGGAAUACUGCACGAAUCUUGGCAUGAGUCGACAGGUACCGCUGAGAGUUAUAGGUGAUAUUGGUGGUGGGGGCGCCCUAGCCAGAAUUGAGAAAGCUCGGACAGUAAUGAAAGAGCGCAAGAGUGAAUGGAGUCAGAGCGACGAGCUGCCUAUCGAAAUUCAGCUUGCACCAGAGAACCGUUAUCAUUCCAUUUUUGCUUGUCCAGUUUCCAAGGAACAAUCCACUGAGCAGAACCCCCCGAUGAUGAUGACAUGUGGGCACGUCAUAACAAAGGAAAGUUUGCACAAACUAAGCAAGACCAACGGACGUGUUAAAUGUCCAUAUUGCCCCACCGAGUCGACGCAAGCAAACGCUCUGCCCGUUUUCUUCUAG